GUAAGCGGCGCAGCGGUGGCGAAUUGCGCGGUGAAGGUUUGUCGGAGCGUGGAAGUUGCCAGGUCGUGAGGUCGUGAGGUCGUGAGGUCAUUAGGUCGUGAGGUCGUGAGGUCGCGAUGUCGUUGUCCUUGAGCGGCGGCGUCUACCGCAGGAUCUUGACCCACCUGCCCCACGAGGUGAGCUUCGCAGUCGCCUACGGCUCGGGCGUCUUCCAGCAGCGGGGCCGCACCGCAGAUGCCGCCUCGCCGCCGAACACCAUGCUGGAUUUUGUGCUGGCGGUGGACAAUCCUCUGACUUGGCACACUGCCAACCUGAAGAGCAACCCCAAGCAUUACUCGGCUCUGCGCUGGCUGGGACCACGGCAAGUGGUCCACCUGCAGGACAAGUACGGAGCCCACGUCUACUACAACACCCUGGUGCCCUGCGAGGGGCGGACGAUAAAAUAUGGAGUUAUAAGCACCAAAAACCUGAUCGAUGAUCUGAUUCAUUGGAAGACGAUGUACAUUAGUGGCAGACUUCAUAAACCAGUGAAGGUUCUGAAACAAAGCAGUGAUAGCCGACUAGAAGCUGCGCUUUUGAGCAACUUGAAGAGUGCCAUCAAUUGUGCUUUUCUGAUGCUGCCCGAGUCCUUCAAUGAGGAGGAGUUGUAUCUUGCCAUAACCAGGCUCUCUUAUGCAGGCGAUUUCCGGAUGACUGUGGGAGAGGACAGGUCCAAAGUGGAGAAUAUCGUCAAGCCGAACGUUGAACACUUUCGCAGGCUCUAUGCUCGCCUCCUACACGAGAACCCACACGUGGUCUUCAAGCAGACGCAGGGCAAGCUCGAGCUUGACAAGAGCAUGGAGAGCCAGUUCCUACAGCUCAUGUCACUGCCGCGCACGCUGCAGCAGCAAGUGACUUUACUUGUGGAUCCCCCGGGGAGAAACCGCGACGUGGAGGAGGUGCUCUUGCAGGUGGCGCAGAACCCUGACUGUGGAAGUCUGGUGCUGCAAGGCAUUGUUCAAAUUGUGAAAUCUUCCAGUCUAUCUCAAAGCAUCAAGGGCAUUGCAACUGCAGGGUUGUUAAAAAGCAUUAAAUACAGUGCGACAAAAUUAGGGAAGAUGUUGAAGGGCUUUUCCAACAAAACGAAAUGAUUCGUUGCAAUGACCUCAAGGCACAAGCGCAAGUUUGUAGUUUCUUCAAGAGGUCAUCCGUCAUGGGUAACAUCACCGGAAGAACUUCCCACUGAACAAUUUCAAUAACUCGCUGAACACUCACGAUCUUCUGCAAAACGUUCAAAUAGUCAAUUGCCAAUAUUUAUCUUGUAUAAACGUUGCAAUAUUUUGUAAGUUUUGUUUUAUUAUUUUGUACAUAAGUCUUGCCACGAAUUAAAAAAGAAUCAUAUAAUGUGUCUUGACCUGGAAAUAAUGAUGUGCCUCCCUGAUUUACUGUUGUGGUUUUGUAUAUUUUGCAUGGUUCAUAUUCUGUACUUGUAUAAAAAGAAGCACAUGUUUAUUGAUCAGCAUGCCACGAUGAAUUCUCAUGCUGAUGUUUUUGCGUGUUAUGUUUCAUGGGUGUCAAGUUCUGGUUUUGCCUGAUGGGAAUAGUGUUUCGAGUGUUUUUGUUUUGGCCAAUUUUCUUGGAAAGUUGACAGAACCUCAAGGAAAGUGCCAUUGUGACGCAUAAAGGAUUUUUUUUGUUUUAAGAAAAAUUUCCUUCAAUGUGCUUUUGCACUUAAACCUGUACAUUAUAUUGUAUUUGGGCCUUGCGCGGCACAAUGACACCUUUUGACCGUGCUGUAUUUGUGAAAUGGGAGGUUGAAAAUAUUGAGACUGUGAACAUUGGCGGGCACCACUGCUUUACAAUUGUGGGGGUGGACGGGAGCUACAUCUCACUGGGAGGGUGUGAUG